UAACUUUGCGCACAACCCAAACUGCAAUAGAUGGUAGGUUCUCCCAUGUCGACGGCGACAUCUGUCCGACCUGACCAUGAUAUACAUACGAAUUCUCGACCACAUCAACGGGCUCCCAGGUCUCGCUCGCGGUCGGGGUCCACCUCGCGGUCAGCCUCUUCUGCUGCCGCCAGUCGUCAGAGAUCAAGGUCUUCAGCCACAGGUUCCUUUAUCAAUUUUCUUUCCAAUGACCCAGCCAGGAAUCGCCCCCAGCCCCGGAACGGUGACAACCGCCAUUUCUCACUCUAUCGGCUUUUGAUGUUGGAGUUGAACAUUCCAGGUAAUUCCAAACAAAAGUCCGGUUACGCCCAUCUGGCAGAUGUGUCAGAUCAUGAAGCAUAUGAACAGAUCAUCGAUAUGGUCAAAAUUCCAUGGGUGCUCGAAAAGUUCAUGGGGUUGGGACUUAUGAUCUGUACCAACUCAUUCUUAACGUUGUUUACGUUGGUUCCCAUUAGAAUAGUGGUGAUCACGUUCAUGGCUGUUCAAUCAACCAUAAGCGAAAAACUGUACACUUGGCAAUUGAUAUCACAAAAGUUCAGGUCCGUCCGAAGAGACGUGUUGACGGUGGUACUUAUACUCCUUUCAUUACUGGUAUUGUCGCUUCCUCCAAUUGAUAUUUCCAAAAUCUACCACGACGUGAGACGUCAAGCUCAGAUCAAGUUGUAUGUGACGUUUGGAGUUUUGGAGGUGGCCGAUAAGCUUUGCUCUUCAAUCGGUCAAAAUAUCUUGGGGAUAACGUUUGACCUUAUUGAAUCGCCUCCCACUCGUAAGAACUACUUUAGCACCGUGCUUUUCUUCUUGGGCUCCGUCGCUUACUUGUGUUUACAUGCCUACGUCUUGCUCUAUCAAACGGUUUCUUUGAACGUGGCUGCCAAUUCGUAUUCGAAUGCGUUGCUUACGUUGUUGUUUUCCAACCAGUUCUCCGAGUUAAGAGGUUCUGUGUUCAAGAAAUUUGAUAGAGAAGGGUUGUUCCAACUCUCGAUGGCCGAUUUGACAGAGAGAUUCCAACUUUCUUUGAUGUUGGGAAUGAUUACCUUGAGAAAUAUCUUGCAGUUGAACAGCAUUGGUCUGGGAAUGAUUCCAAGUAGUUGGCAAACUUGGAACAAAUGGUUUGGUGCAUUGUUUGGCCCUAGUAUUGUUGUACUAGGAAGUGAGAUUCUUGUAGAUUGGCUAAAACAUUGUUAUAUCUCCAAAUUCAAUAGAAUCAAACCAAGAGUCUAUUACAACUUUAUUUAUGUGUUGGCGUUGGAUUAUGUCGAGGUGUUUAGCUCCUCAUCUCACAAAACUAGUGGUGAAUAUGAAUUGUCUGACUAUACUAUUUUGACCAGGAGAAUUGGAUUACCUCUUUUGGCGACCACCGUUUGCUACUUGCGAAUGUCACUUGGAAACUUUGUAACUUUGUUUACAGUGGAAACAUCUUCUACCGUAUACUCGGUUCUUUCCAGUGUAUUGCUUAUGUCCGUCACGUUUGUGAUUCUCCUUUUGCUUCGCUUAAUGCUUGGAAUUGCCUUACUUAAAGUUACGAACGCCAUUAAGGUGAACCAUGAGAACAAACUUGAUGAGGUCCAUGACUCUAUAUUGGAGACCUCCGAUCCCACCCCUUCUUUGCUCUUAAGAAGAGAAGGUUUACUUCCAGAGGCUGAGGACUUGAACACAACACCAUUAUCACCAUUAUCACCCGUCUCACCUCAAUCACCAAUUCCGAAGACAGCUGCAGAUAUCAGCUUCUUACCUGGCCUUCCAAACACUGAGAUGUCUACCAUCAAUCCAGCUACUAGAGAAUUCUUGUAUGACAACAAUGAAAACAUUCCUCCCACUCCAGAAGAGAAGAGGAACAAAGAUUUCAUCGAGAAAUUCGAAACCAGCUAUGACGAAGGAUUAGGCGAAGUUCAGCGAUACGAGAUGUCCUCCAAGCGUAUUUGGUGAUAAUUCUUCUGUAUUCUUAACAACUAUUUACAUGCAUUCUAAUUUAUAUACAUCACCAUCUUCAAGUGGUGUUUUUCAAAGCUUUUAGGAUCUGGUUAGCGGCUUGAGGUCUCACUCUUUUAAGCCUAGCACAAAAGGAAAGGCAACCUGUUAAAAGGGCCAAGGCACCAGCUUGAUGCAAAGCUGCCAAAGGUAUUGGAACGAGGUAAAUCAAGGUAGAUAUACCCAAAGUAGCUUGUAAGGUUACUAGACCCAUCAUUCCACCUAGAGCCCUCAUUGCCGGUCUGGGAAUGAUUGUUCUAUACUUAAGGGAAUAGGUAUGGGCUGCUAGCACGGCAAAAAAGGUGGAGGUGGCCAUGAUUCUGUGGACCAACUGAACGGUGGUGGGGUUUUCAAAAAUAUUUCUCCAAAACAAGUCAGAAUGAUCUUCUUUCCGAGCAAAUGUAUCAGACAUCAAUUCAUUAUAGCUGGGAAGGUAAUCAUCUCCCAUAUGAGGAAAAGUAUUAUAUAUUAAACCAGCGUCCAAACCAGCAACCAUUCCUCCUGACAUCGCUGUGAAGAAGGUGAGGGUCAACAAAGCCCAAGCCAUGGUUCUAAUGCCAUUCAACUUUGGGGAGCCCAACUUGGAAAGUAAGGUCUUCACAUACUCAGGAUCAACUUUGGCCUGACUCAACAAUUUGUUCUCGGUCAAAAUCUCAAACCCGGACCACAAUACCCCCAAGUACAUGACAAAAGCAGCAGCUAAAUGGGUGGUUAAUCUGUAUUGAGAAACCGUGGGUUUUGAUUGUCUUUCCAUUAAUUGUUGCUCAUCCAAACCAGACUUCACCAUCCACCACCCGAUGGCUCCUUGUAGCCCCAAUAAUGCUGUCAACCCCACGAGCCUGUAUCUCAUAUGCGGAGAGAUUUUCUUGGAGGACCAGAAGUAGAUGGCAGGUAAGAUGAAAAACAUCCCAAUACAUCUCCCGACAAGUCUAUGACUCCACUCCAUGUAGAAAAUAAAUUUGAACUCAUCCAAGGUGAUGUGUGAAUUCAACUGCUUGAACUCGGGCGAAUCCUUGUACUUUAUGAACUCAGAUUCCCAAUCAGCUUGGUUCAAUGGAGGUAUUGCCCCAGUGAUUGGUUUCCAUUCAGUGAUAGAUAAUCCAGACUCGGUCAAUCUGGUCAAACCUCCCAACACCACGAUCCCGAACACCAAAGUGGACGUUCCGAAGAGCCAGUAGCUUACACCCUUGUUCGAAAUGGCGGGAAAUUGUUUGGGGAUUUUUGUGGUUAAUGGGGUUGAGUUACCAGCGGCUCUGAGAGAGGCAGUCGAGUAACUCUUAAAAUUGAAAGCUUGGUUGGCCGAAAAAAAAGUUCUUUGCAGUCGCAAGAGCUUGCUAACCUUAAGUCCAUGGAAGAUGGAGUUACCGGUGAAGUACAACUUCGACUUGAACAUGGUGAAAUCAGACCUAUAUACAAAGUGGUGUGGUAUUUUUUUGCUCUGCGAAUAAGC